CCAAUUCUGCUCAUCGAAUUCAGAAACCCUGUUACUAGUUGUCAUUGGAAUCAGACAAUCUCCCCGAAACUUGUGAUUGUAUAUCAAUAGUACUCGCCGCCUGAUCCUGCUCGCCUGUCAAUAUCCCUACUACACCAGUACCCCCUUCCUACCUGCAUCCUCUGUCCCCCAGAAACGUCGCAAUGUGUAUCGCGCUAUUAUCCACCGCACAUCCUUCCUAUCCCUUGAUCAUCAUCAACAACAGGGAUGAAUACAUACGUCGACCGACAUCUCCCGCUGGCUGGUGGCCUUCACCAGAGUCCAACAUCUUAGGUGGCCGUGAUCUAGCGCGAGAGCCACAUGGCACAUGGAUGGGGGUGACCAGAGAAGGCAAAGUGGCAGUAUUGACCAACUACCGCGAAAAUACAUCAGAACAAGCCAUUGGGGCGAAGAGUCGGGGAGCCAUUGUAUGUAGCUGGCUUGCUGCGCCUUCUGACGAGGAGCGGUCAACCCGGAAAUAUGUGCAGGAUAUGGUUGCGAGUCCCACCGCCAGGAAUGUCGGUGGGUUCAGCCUGCUCUGUGGAUACAUCAAUGAGCCCCUGGCAAUCGUCUCCAAUCGCUCAUCCACCAUGGACCAAAUUGCAUGGGUCGCCACGAAAUCGGGCCAGACGUUGGGCCUCAGUAACACAGUCUUCGAGGAUCGCUCAUGGCCUAAGAUCCUUGACGGCGAAAGACUAAUGAAUGAAGCCAUUGCUACGCACGUGCAGGCUGGGGAGGACGAAGAUGCUCUUAUUACCCGAUUCCUUGAUAUGCUGAGCACCAAUACCCUCCCGACGCUCUCAGAAGAUGCGACUGCGGAGGACUACCUUCCGUAUUUUCGGAAGAGCAUCUUCAUUCCUGUCCUGGGUGCUCACGAGAAACCCCCCAAGCCGGCACACACUGUAUCUCCUGUGUGUGUGGAUAGCACGCAUGCGAAUGGUGCUGCGGGCGGGGAGCACCAUGCAAUGGAUCUGUCAUUCCUGCAUGGGCCGUAUGGCACUCAACAACAAACGGUAGUCCUGGUAAGUGACGAUGGACGAGUGCGGUAUUUUGAACGCACACUAUAUGACAACGAUGCGAACGCGAUCCCGAUCGGCCAGGGUGAUAGAUCAUUCGAAUUUCAUGUCGGCCAACACAACAACGAAGCCGACAGAAUCUCAUGAGUCGCCUAUCAUGUCCUGGGGUGCUCCGAACAGUAUCCAUAGCAAUCUAAUUCUCCGCUCACGGCCUUCCAAUCGGCCUCGGUGGUUGUGGCUAUGUAAAUAUUUAUAACGGCGUGCAAUAUAAAAUAGCCCUAAAAUAGUAAACCAAGGUCAAUAGCUCCGGGAAAGUCGAUUGCGAUAUGGAGUGAAUAAAUAGUAAGCCUCCUAGAAGCCCGUAGAAGCCGGCCAUUGCCACAAUCAAUACUUAGCCGGCCGAAAAGUGACAUGCCAUGUUUGCUUCUAGAGUUAUUCCGGGUGAAAUAACAUCGGGGAAUCCUGAAGUCCUGGCAGAUUAGGAGGCCAUAUUAAUGGCUUGAGGGGAUUAUUGUACUAUUGAUUUUUUUUUUUUUUGGCCAGCCUCGGGAUUA